AUGUCGACUACCAAGCUCGAGAACGACGCCAAACUCGACCCCAUCGACACCAAGGGGGAGAGCGAGCACGUCCAGCACGCGGAUCUCAUCGUGUCGGAGUAUGACGGCCUCACGCGUGGCCAGGCCAUCAGGAAGUUCCCCAGGCGCUUUAUUAUCGGCCUUCUCAUGUCCACUGCCGCAAUGUACCUUGGCUACACGCUCACCCUGCCCGGCGCGAUCACCGCCAACCGCGGCUUCAUCAACCAUUUCGGCACCAAGCACAACGCGAAAGGCGAGAUUGAGCUCGAUGCCAGCCACGUCGGCGCGUGGAACGGCGUACGUGCCCUGGUCGUACAUACCAGAAGGCGAGCGCUGACUCCCCAGGUCAACUUGGGCUCGCAGAUCCUGUUACAGGGCAUUUCGCCCUACACGGCCAAGCGCUUCGGCCUCAAGUUCAACCUGUACGCUCUGACCGGAUUUAUCAUCAUCGUAAGUGCUAUCCUGCGGUUUUCACUCGCCGUGGCGGCUGACCCGACCCAGGCCAUCGUCCUCGAGAUUGUCGCCAAGACAUGGGAGGUGUACCUCGUCGCCAAGAUCUUCUGCGGCUUCUCGGCCGGCUUCAUCGGCACGUCGGUCACGGCGUACAUGUCCGAGACGACGACCAAGCAGUUCCGCGGCAUCCACCUCAGUUGCUUCUCGUUUGCGUUCGCGCUCGGCGGCUUCCUGUCCGCCAUCGCGCUGCAGAUCCUCGAGUCGACCCACCCGCUCGCAUACCGCAACGCCUUCUACUCGGAAUUUGCCAUCGUCGGCGUGUGGAUCCCCGUCAUGAUCCUCCUCCCCGAGUCCCCGGUGUGGUACUGCCGUAACGGCAAGCACGAGCAGGCGAUGGCGUCGCUCCGCCGCCUGAACGGUAAGCACGACUGGUUCGACGAGGAGCACGAGUACGCCGUCUUCCGCCAGGGCGUCGAGGAGAGCGAGGCGCUCGUAGCAAAGUCGAGCAACUACUCGUACCUCGCCUGCUUCAAGGGCACCAACCUGCGCCGUACCCUCAUCUCAACGAUCCCCUUCUCGAUGCAGAACUUUGUCGGCGGCCCACUCAUGUUCAACACGGCAUACUUCCUCCAGACGGUGGGCAUGAACGACGCGUUCUUGGGCAACGUGAUUGUGAACUGUGUGCUUCUCUUCGGCGUCUUCCUCUCCUUCUACUUUGUCGACAAGGCCGGCCGCCGCCCCCUCCUCCUCAUGGGCGGCAUCGUCAUGUGCGUCACCAACCUCAUCGUCGGUGGCAUGGCAGUGCUCGGCAUCAACACCAAGACGGGCGCCGCCAUGCUCGCCAUGAUGGCAAUCUGGGUGCUCGCGUACGCGCUCUCGUGCGGCCCGAUCGGGUGGCUCAGUCUCGUGGAGAACAGCACCCCGGUCCUGCGCACCCAGACGGCCGGCAUCGCAGCCAUCAUGCAGUCGUGCAACGGCGUCAUCUUCGCCUACUGCGUCCCUCUCAUGCUGAGCGAGCAGUACGCCGGCUGGGGUGCUAAGACUGGCUUCUUCUUCGGCCCCCUCUCGUUCCUCUUCACCAUCCUCGUGUGGUUCACGGUGCCGGAGACCAAGGACCGGACCUACGCCGAACUCGACGAGCUGUACGAGCGGCGCAUUCCAGCGUGGCGGUUCAACACGACCAAGACGGCCGCGCAGGACGUUGCGGAGGCGGCAGCCGUGGCUCAUGGGGACCGCCACUGA